UACAAUUUGUCUCAGCCAGAAAAGUCCCAGCUAAGAGAUGCCAUUAAAACAGGAGCUAAAAAACCGACAAAGGAAAAGACGGUUGCUGGAUUCCAGGUCCAAGGUUGUUCAAACCGAUGCAGAGAGAGAGCUUUGGCAGACUGCAACAGUGGAGCUGAUGUCUGACGAGGAGGAUGCCAUUGUUGAUGGAAGGCCAGUGUGGAUUGUGAGGUCUCCAUCUCACAGGAACCCACAAUUGUCAGAACUUUGUGAGGAGCUUCAUCGCAGAUUAGAGGCAGACAUGCGCUACACUAUUUUGCAUCAUCAGCGUGUUAAGGCUGAUGGAAAUGGACAUUAUGGACCUUCCUUUCUUCAACUUUAACUAAACUGCACUGGUUUUAAUAAUUGCACCACAAACUGCACAUUUUCACUUAUUCUCUUCUAUUUUAUCUUAUUCUUUGUAUACUUAUUAGGUUAGAUUUAUUUAGUUUCAUAUUCUGCAACUUAUUUUCUUUUA